AAGUGCGCGCUGCGACACCUUCGAGCUCGGCCGCCAUUUCCUCGCCUAGCCUAACGGUCCAGCCAAUCGCAGCGCGCAUCGAGAAGGACUGAAGCUCCGCCAAUUGGAGGCCGCCGAUUCCGACUCUUUGCCCGAGCCUGGCCCAAUCCAGGCUUCCGCCCCGUCGCCCCCGGCCCGCCCCCGCAGCGCCCUCUCUCCUCCCUCUUUGUGCGUCUCGCGCCGCCGCCGCUCGCUGCCAGCCGCCUGAGGACGGGCUCCGCGCGCUCUUCAGGGGCGCAGUCGGGUCCCGUGUCCCCGGAAGGUUCGCUAAAGAGAAGCCGCCGCCUAGGAGGAGCCGCCGGUGCGGGUCCCCGGGGGCGCCAUGGCGACCGGAGCGAACGCCACGCCGCUGGGUAAGCUGGGCUCCCCGGGCCUUCCAUCCAUUCCCAGGCCCAAAGGGGGCUUCGAGCCGGGGCCAUCUCCUGCCCCCGGGCCUGGGGCGGGGCUUCUGGUGCCCAGGCCGCCGCCUACCCCGCCUGUGGGCUCUGUGAGGGCUCUCUCCGCGGCCUUCCCCUUUGCGGCGCUGCCUCCUCCUCCUCCUCCGCCGCCGCCACCCCCUCCUCCGCCGCCUCCACCGCCCUCCCCGGGCUCCUCGUACCCGCCGUCGCAGCCGCCCCCUCCGCCGCCGCUCUACCAGCGCGUGUCGCCGCCGCCGUUGCCGCCACCCCAGCCGCCGCGUCAGGAUCAGCAGCCGGGUCCGGCCGGCGGCGGAGGAGACUUCCCAAAUAAGAAGCGGAAGAGAAGCCGCUGGAACCAAGACACAAUGGAACAGAAGACGGUGAUUCCAGGAAUGCCUACAGUUAUCCCCCCCGGACUUACUCGGGAACAAGAAAGAGCUUAUAUAGUGCAACUGCAGAUAGAAGACCUGACUCGUAAACUGCGCACAGGAGACCUGGGCAUCCCCCCUAACCCUGAGGACAGGUCCCCUUCCCCUGAGCCCAUCUACAACAGUGAGGGGAAGAGGCUUAACACACGUGAGUUCCGCACCCGCAAAAAGCUGGAAGAGGAGCGGCAUAACCUCAUCACAGAAAUGGUUGCUCUCAACCCUGAUUUCAAGCCACCUGCAGAUUACAAACCUCCAGCAACACGUGUGAGUGAUAAAGUAAUGAUUCCACAAGAUGAAUAUCCAGAAAUCAACUUUGUGGGGCUGCUAAUUGGGCCCAGAGGGAACACGUUGAAGAACAUAGAGAAGGAGUGUAAUGCCAAGAUUAUGAUCCGGGGAAAGGGGUCUGUGAAAGAAGGGAAAGUUGGGCGCAAGGAUGGCCAGAUGUUGCCAGGAGAAGAUGAGCCACUUCAUGCCCUGGUUACUGCCAAUACCAUGGAGAAUGUGAAGAAAGCAGUAGAACAGAUAAGAAACAUUCUGAAGCAGGGUAUUGAGACCCCUGAGGACCAGAAUGAUCUACGGAAGAUGCAGCUUCGGGAGUUGGCUCGCUUGAAUGGGACCCUUCGGGAAGAUGAUAACAGGAUCUUAAGACCCUGGCAGAGCUCAGAGACCCGCAGCAUUACCAAUACCACAGUGUGUACCAAGUGUGGAGGGGCUGGCCACAUUGCUUCUGAUUGCAAAUUCCAAAGGCCCGGUGACCCCCAGUCAGCUCAGGAUAAAGCACGGAUGGAUAAAGAAUAUUUGUCCCUUAUGGCUGAACUGGGUGAAGCACCCGUGCCCGCAUCUGUGGGCUCCACCUCUGGGCCUGCCAGCACACCUCUGGCCAGUGCACCUCGGCCUGCUGCUCCGGCCAACAACCCACCUCCACCGUCUCUCAUGUCCACCACCCAGAGCCGCCCACCCUGGAUGAAUUCUGGCCCUUCAGAGAGUCGACCCUACCAUGGCAUGCAUGGAGGUGGUCCUGGUGGGCCUGGAGGUGGCCCCCACAGCUUCCCACAUCCAUUACCCAGCCUGGCAGGUGGCCAUGGUGGACAUCCCAUGCAGCACAACCCUAAUGGACCCCCACCCCCUUGGAUGCAGCCGCCGCCUCCACCGAUGAACCAGGGCCCCCACCCACCUGGACACCAUGGCCCUCCUCCAAUGGAUCAGUACCUGGGAAGUACGCCUGUGGGCUCUGGGGUCUAUCGCCUGCAUCAAGGAAAAGGUAUGAUGCCGCCGCCGCCUAUGGGCAUGAUGCCGCCGCCGCCGCCGCCGCCCAGUGGGCAGCCCCCACCCCCGCCCUCUGGUCCUCUUCCCCCAUGGCAACAGCAGCAGCAGCAGCCUCCACCACCCCCUCCGCCCAGCAGCAGUAUGGCUUCCAGUACCCCCUUGCCAUGGCAGCAAAAUACGACGACUACCACCACGAGCGCUGGCACAGGGUCCAUCCCGCCAUGGCAACAGCAGCAGGCGGCUGCCGCAGCUUCUCCAGGAGCCCCUCAGAUGCAAGGCAACCCCACUAUGGUGCCCCUGCCCCCCGGGGUCCAGCCGCCUCUGCCGCCCGGGGCCCCUCCCCCUCCGCCGCCUCCGCCACCUGGUUCCGCCGGCAUGAUGAUCCCUCCCCGCAGCGGCGAUGGCCCGAGCCAUGAGAGUGAGGACUUUCCGCGCCCAUUGGUGACCCUUCCAGGCAGACAACCUCAGCAGCGCCCUUGGUGGACAGGAUGGUUCGGCAAAGCAGCCUGAGUUAUUUUUGUGGAUGGAAUCGGAACACGCUGGCUCCAUAUUGUGAAAUUUUUAUUAAUUUUUUCUUUUCCCUUUGUUAUUUCCUUCUCUCUUCCUUUCUUCAGACUCCAUCCAAGGAGACGCUCUCCCCGGUCUUCUGCUGCAAUCAGAUUCCUUUUUCUUUUCUCCAUUCCUCACUCUUCUCUUUCCAAGGAGAGAGGAGCAAAUGGUUUUAGGCAAAGGCCUUGGCCAGUAAUGUCAGGCUAGUUGGGAGGGGUUGUACUUUGGCUCUAAGAUUUACAAGGGGCCAUAGCCACCCUGAGAUUUUUUUAAAGUGUGGGGCUUUGUCUCUGCUACCCUCAUAGAAUAGAGGCUUAAUCUCCAGAACUGGGGUCCAUAGCCAUCCUGACACCCCUGGCAGUGGUGGGUGUGGCUGCUCAAGCCACCCGGGGCUUGUCUGCCAGUCUGGAGAGUCGUGUCAUGUUCCCAGAGCACCUGAGCUGCCUCGUAAUUCCAUUUGUUCCUCUCCUUCCUGGAAGGGUUCCUUUUAAUUUUUCUUUUAAUCCCAAACGUCUGAAUGUUUUUGCAGUGUCUAGGGUGUUGAGUCCCUUGUUUUUUCGUUCUGCUCCCCCCACCCCCUUUUUAUGGAGUGAUUAUGUUGACAAUAAUGUAUAAUGCGCGUUCUCUUCACUGGUUUAUCUGCAGAAAUUUCUCUGGGCUUUUUUUUUUUUUUUUUUUGGUGUAUGAUUCAACACUGCGUUAAAGGGGGACAUUCAUUGAAUAAAAGAGCAGUGUGGUUUUC